AUGGAGAAUAUGUUGAACAAGCUACAGACCAACCCCAAAAUCAAUGAAGAUUUCGACAGUGGUGUAAAGGAGUUUGAGGCAAGGUGGAUUGGAUGGGUAGGGGUAAAUGUGCCAGAUGAUAUUGGACAGAGGGCACUUACUAAAGCUCUAGCUGAAAAGAAGUGUAUCCCCGUCUUCCUUGAUGAGGAGAUUGUUCAUCAAUAUUACAAUGGCUAUUGCAACAAUAUUUUGUGGCCCCUUUUCCAUUACCUUGGGCUUCCACAAGAAGAUCGACUUGCUACCACUCGGAGUUUCCAGUCGCAAUUUUCUGCAUAUAAGAAGGCAAAUCAAAUGUUUGCAGAUGUAGUUAAUGAGCACUAUGAAGAGGGUGAUGUUGUUUGGUGCCAUGACUACCAUCUUCUGUUUCUUCCAAAAUGCUUGAAGGAAUAUAACAACAAAAUGAAAGUCGGCUGGUUUCUCCACACUCCCUUUCCUUCCUCUGAAAUUCAUAGGACACUGCCAUCACGAUCAGAGCUCCUGCGCUCAGUUCUUGCAGCUGAUUUAGUUGGGUAA